AUGAAUAUGAUCAGGUCGGUACGGCGCCGCUUCACCGUCGGCCACCUGGCCACGGCCACGGACCCCGCCACGCUGCGCCGCGCGGCCGCCGAGCUCCUCGCCACCGCCAUCUUCGUCUUCGCCGCCGAGGGCGCCACGCUCACCCUCGGGAGGAUGCACGGCCAUGACAAGGGCGUCGUGGGCGGUCUGGUGGCGGUGGCGCUCGCGCACGCCCUCGCGCUCGCGGCCGCCGUGGCGUGCGCCGCCAACACCUCCGGCGGCCACGUGAACCCGGCCGUCACCUUCGGCGCGCUGCUCGCCGGCCAGAUCUGCCUCGUCCGCUCCCUCGUCUACUGGGCCGCACAGCUGCUCGGCGCCGUCGCCGCCGCGCUCGUGCUCAGGCUCGCCACCGGAGGCAUGCAUCUGCCGGAGUACGAGCUGGCGGGGGGCGUGAGCGGAUGGCAAGCGGCGGUGCUGGAGGCGGCGAUGGCGUUCGGACUCAUGCACGCCUACUUCGCGACGGUGAUGAACCAAACGCGGAGGGUCCACGCUGGAGCCGGGGCGGUGGUGGCGGCGCCGCUCGCCGUGGGGCUCCUGGCGGGCUCCAACGUGCUGGCCUGCGGCGCGCUGGAGGGCGCCGUGAUGAACCCGGCGCUCGCGUUCGGGCCCGCGGUCGUGGGCUCCCGCCGCUGGGGCAACCACUGGGUGUACUGGACCGGGCCCAUGGUCGGCGCCGGCCUCUCCGGCGUCGUCUACGAGCACCUCGUCGCCGGCCCGGCCGGCCGGCGGGGAGGAGGAGCCGUCGUGCGUAGAAGACUUCAUGCGGGACGUCGUGCGCGUGCCCCACUCCUCUGA